UGGGAGGCGGCCGCGCCCUGGGCCUCUGCGCGCUGGCCCUCGCCUCCCGCGCCGGGCUCGCUCGGGGGGCGCCCCCGUCCACUCCCCUCCGCAGCCUCGGGGACAAGGGCGAGGCAAGCGAGCAGCGGGGCGGCCAUGGCGGAGCUGGAGGCCGCGGCCGACGACCUGGACGCCCUCAUUGACGCCCUGGACUACCUCCCGGGCCACUUCCACCUGGAGAUGCAGCUGAACUUCGAGCCGCGCUCGCCCGCCCCGCUGCGCGCCCGGGACCUGAAGCUGCAGCGGGAGGGCCUUCUGCAGGAGCUCGAGCUGGCGGCUGCCCCUCAGCGCCCCGCCGUGCGUCACCUCCUGGGCGCCUUCGCCUUCUACCUGGAGGAGCUGGACGAAGCCCGCGAGCGCUUCCUCGAGGUGGCCCGCGAGGACCCUGGCAACCUCAACGCCUGGGCCAAUCUGGCGCACGUCUACGGGCGGCUGGGCCAGGAGGAAGACGAGGAGGCGUGCGCCGCGCGGCUGGCCGACCUCAUGGGUCUGGCCGCGGAGCCCGAGGCUGCCGGGGACCCCCAGCUCCGCGCCGCGCGCUGCCUGGCCGAGCAGGGCUACGCGCACGGCUUCGACGUGGGCUGCGCCAGCCCGGAGGAGCGCGCGCAGGUGCUGGCGGCUGGCAUCGCGCUCUACGACAAGGCGCUGGGCUACGGGCAGCAGAUCCCGGUGGAGGAGAAGAGGGGCUGGUACUUCACCAUGGCAACGCUCUUCAUCAGGCUAGAUGGCAUCUUCCUGGAGUUGGGCAGCGAGGAGCAGAAGAGGCUGCCCGCCUUCAACCGCACACUGGCCCUGCUCCGGCAAGUGCUCAAGUCCUCGGACCCUCAGCACCGAGCGCUGGCCUGGUGCUAUCUUGGGAUGCUGCUGGAGAGGAAGGACACCUUCUCCACCACCCCGAUGGGUGUCCAUGACUGCGGGUACUCAGGGACCGACCCUCUGGACUGCUUUGGCAAGGCCAUCGAGAUUGCCAAGGACCAACUUCCCAUCCUGAAUCGCCUGGCCAAAAUCUUCCACUUCCUAGGAAAGCAGGAUAUGGCCAUUGGAACCUGUAACAUGGCCCUGGAUGUCCUACGAGAUCCAGAGCUCAACUGGCAGGCCUACUGCACAAGGGCCAAGAUCCACAUCAGAGCCUACCUGCACGACCUGGAGCGGGCCAAGAUGGGGCUCGGGGGCAUGCCUGACAGGAACCACCUAGCCUGCGCCAAGGCUGACCUUGAGGAAGUGGUCAGGGUGUGCCCAGGCCUCAAGACCUACCUGGACAUCGGCCAGGUCUACUACUACAUGGGCGUGGACGCGGUGCAGGAGCUGCUGGCGGUGGACGAGGCGGCGCUGAACCAGGCGCUGGUGUUCCUGGCCAAGGCGGGCGAGUCGGAGCUGGGCGCCACGCUGCCCGAGCUGCAGCUGCUGCGCGGCAAGUGCCUGCGCAUCAAGGGCGAGGAGGCCAACGCGGCCGCCUGCUUCAAGCGCGCCGUGGAGCUGGACGACGCGGGCUCCAGCCACACCGAGGGCUUCGGCUGCCUGCUCGAGGCGCUGCUGGCGCAGUGGAGCCAGGCGCAGCUGAGCGACGGCGAGCUGGGCCGCGAGGUGGACGCCUGGCUGCGCCGCGCACAGGACAAGUACCCGGCGGCGCGCCUGCGCCAGGAGCUGCAGCGCGUGUGGCGCGGCCACACGGACGAGGUGCUCGGGUUGGCCCGGGCCUUGGUGGCCCAGGGACGGCCCGCACUGGUGCGGCUGCUCUUCGAGACCAUGGAGGGCGUGGGCGAGGGCGCAGGCGCGCCCCGGGCCGCCGGGCGCUGUCCGUGUGAGGCGCGCGCGCCCAGGCCCGAGGCCUCCAGCGGCAGCGACCGCGCCGAGACCCCGCCCCGCCCACAGCUGAUUGGACCAGGUCUGCACGCCUGCGACGGGCCCGCCCUGCCAUAGGCUGGCGGGAGUGCGGGGCCAAUCAGAUCCUCUGUGGGGAAUUGUGACUGCCGGAACGUUGAGACUCCGGGGCCGUUGGAAGCGCCCGCCGGGGCAGAUGGGCCUGGUUCCGGAGAGCCGCGGGGACUGGGCGCAGAGGGGAGAGGUCCCUGGGAAACUGCCAAUUAAAGGGCAGAAUUUUGAAAACAGGCAGAAAAUAAGACGUCUGCGAGUCUCCUGAGAGAAACAGAAGAGAGCAGCCUCCGUUGUGGCGGUGUUCUGGUCCCCUGCUCAGUCCCUCCCGUGAGCCACACUCUGUCCUUACAAUAAAGCCCCCUUUUCCGAAGCCGACUGGAGUGGGUCUCGGGUCCUGCAGCCACAAAAGCCCUGGCUAGAGCAGAGGGCCAGGCCACACAGCGAGUGAGUUACUGGCAGGGCCCUAGCCUAAGCCUGGGAGCUCGGGGCUUCUCCUGCCUCUCCGCCUGUCGUCCAGCAGGCCUCCUCCUCGGUGCAAAAGGCCUCCUAAACUCCCCCAAAACAGAGCCCACCAACAGAACCUUUACUUGACUUCCCUGUUCUUAGGGGAACCUAGGGGCCCUACCUAUUAGGAAGUCCCACCUGCCCCCAAUCUUGAACAGUCUACAAGAGAAUGAAGAAAAUCUUGGAAUUUUACACUCUAGGCAUUGGUCAAAGACUUAGACUCUGAUUGCCACCAGAUCUUGAAAUGGCAGGGCACACAAGAGCUAAUUUAACCCAAAAUUCCAGAUUAAGUUCUUGCCAGACUGCAGGAAUGCUGGUUGUACACAGUUGCAACAGUAAGCUUUCCAUAAUGGUUUGUAAGACCCUUUGCAUAUUUCCCUUUCUUUGAAGAGUUAUACUCACUGUUUUGCUCGUACUCCUGGUGCUCAGACAUUACGAGGGACAGGCCAGCACCCUUGCGUUGCAUCUCACCUAUCCACUGACGGUGGAGGACAGACUGAAAUGCAGUGCCUUACAGAUCACAGACUCCAGCCCCCUCGUUGUGCAGGUGGGAAAACUGAAAGCCAUAGAAGGGAAGUGGCUUGCCAAAAGCCACGCUUGCUAUCCUACCUACUCUGUACCUCAAACACUGUCACCAUUUUUCAUGUUUGGAAAAAUACUAAUAAACCGAACACCAGU